AAGAAUGUGAGCCACAUCAUCCUGCCGCGGAUCGGCUGGAGCCACGGCCAUAACUCCUGUGGAUGGAUUUACGUCUCCUCCACCUCCGCACACCGCUGGAUUGAAAACACACCACGGGCACAUUUGAAAUCUGCUGCCAAUCAAUACACAUCAACAAGAAGGAGAGGGGAGAAGAGGAGUGUCACACAUCCUCUUACAUCUUUCCAGAGCUGCCAAAGUGUCACCAAGCGGAGAGGAAGAAAGGAUGAGGGACACAGAGGGGGGGUGAGACAAAAACUGCAUGGAGGACUGUCUUCCCCUCGCUUAACGCGGCGCACUCACAUGCAUUUGGACUGCGCACACUUAAUAGUGAGUAGCGGCGAAGAGUGAGCCGUCCUCACCUGCGCCGACUUUUUUGGUUGUUGUCUUUUGGCGUACUCCGGGAGGCGACGCAGGAAAAGAGGCAGCCGUGCAUGGGCCCCAAGCCCCGAGAGUCCCUUGGGAUGGCGUGCGGUGCCUGUUACUACCUGGUGAUCAGCUCCACUCAUCUCAGCAAUGGACACUUUCGGCGCGUCAAGGGGGUCUUCAGGGGGCCACUGUGCACCACAGCAGCGUGUGAUUCGCCGGAGCGCGCUGAGCGGGCUGUGGGCUGUUCAGUGGAGGAUCUGAAGUCUCUUUUCUACUGCGAGCUGUGUGACAAGCAGUACCUGAGACACCAAGAAUUUGACAACCACAUCAACUCCUACGACCACGCGCACAAGCAGAGGCUGAAGGAACUCAAGCAGCGGGAGUUUGCUCGCAAUGUGGCCUCGAAGUCAUGGAAGGACCAACGCAAGCAGGAGAAAGCUCUCAGACGCCUGCACCAGCAAGCACAGCUGCAGCAGGAAAGCCAGCGAGUCCAAGGAAGGACAUUCGAGCUAAGAAGCGCUGUGAGGCUUGUUAGCCAACAGCAACAGCAGCAUCAAGACAGAGGCAUGGAGCACAAAGCCUACAGCCCUGUGGACAAAUGUGAACCCUUCAAACACACACAGAGGGCCCCAGCCAAACAAGGCAGUACAUCUCCACUGAGCCACCAGCGAGUAAAUCCAUGCCGGCCUCCCUCCCAAAUACCGCUGGCCGCUCCAGCAGAGUCUCCGCUAAUCACUCAUCCAGAGUCCAAUACAGAUUGUCCUGCAGUGAAUCAGCAGCCUCAUGCGAGCUGCCAGCUGCCUCUGGAGGGGCGGGGGCGAGCCGGAGGCAGGCGUGGGGUGUCCUUCUGUUUCUCGCGUAGGGGGCCUCGACUGGAGCCCUCCGCCUCUGUCUUCUCUGACCAGGAAGAGGAGGAGAGAGAGAGGAGGGAGCAAAUGAAACAGCGGAUAAAGACAAUUUUGGAGGAUUUAGACAGGGAAAUUGAUAGUGUUGGACAGAGCAAAAUGGGGGCUAAAGAAGACACUGAAAUGAGGGACAUGGUGAAAGAUAAUCAUAGCAGUGAUGAAGAAUGUGCAGAUAGGUGGACAAGGAUAAAGCAGGAAGCAGGAGUCGGUGUCGGUGUGCACAUGUCCGUCAUAGGUAAAGAUGGCUCCACCUGUGUUCCGUGGCCUGUCAGUUUACUUAACUUCACCAAGUCCCAGCCGUGCAUUUCUUACAGCUGCAACCCGAACAGCACAAAGCAAGUCCAAACACCAACAGCAGAAGAACAUACACAGAAUCAGCAUCAACCACGUGAUCCCCCAGAUGAAUCAAAUUCAUGUGAGUCUGCUGUUCUAACACCUGACACUCAUUACUGUUUAGAAAAAGAGGCAAGGCGUGCACACAGAGUGAAAGAAGCUGCAGAGAAUGUCAAAGAAGAAGAACACCUGUUUGUCAAGAACAAAAAGCUUUCAUCGUCAGGGGGAGGAUCAGAAGGAGCGUCACGCAUGCUAAGUAUAGAGCAUCGUGUGAAGGCGGCCUCCUUUCCGUUUGACCCCACUCAUAGUGACAGCUCUAACACAAACCCCCCGACUCCUCAGGGAGACAGAUUAGUAGGCGCAACAGGGAUCGGGGAGAGAGCCAUCACAGCCCUAAGCUGUAAAUUAGAAUCCGUCACCAAGCUUGGCACACACAGGAUAUGCAUCAGACCGUCCAGGUGUGAGAGCGGGAGUGUGACUAUGUCGGAGCGUGCCAACGCUCCUCAUGCUCAUGGUGGUAGCUCGCGCAAGAAGAGUAGAAGCAGCACAAAGAAGCUAGGAAAAAGAAAACGAGGUGAAAAGGCCACAAGUAGGCACCAAUCAAUAAGGUGUAAAGUGAGGAGUGUCGUCUCUGCGGUCUCCAAUAGCAGAAAUAGUGGAGCGGAGACUGGGGGGAGUUGCGGGGAGGAAAGAGAGGUGUGGUUGGGAAGAGGAGGAGUAUGGAGAGCUGGGAGCAGCUGUCUCCCAGGGAGAUCUGAGGCCGAACCAGUUUACGUCUCUGUCAGGAAGAGGAGGCCUCACAGGGGCCGCAGCUUGGCAUCCCAGCGCCUGGCAGGCGGAGAGCAUGGGGAACGCGGCCGCGCCUUCUCCCAGCUCGCCAGAUGCACGCCUGAUGCAGAGCGGGAGGCGUCUCUCCGGGGAUCUCGCUUACACUCUUUCUCCCCAGGAUGUAACUCAAAGCUGUUUUGGGAAUCAGGUCACCAUAGCAACCCCAGGAGUUUCAUUGACUGCAGUUACCCAGACAACAGCUGUGGUGGCAGCCCGGCGAGAAAGAGAAAAUUCCUCCGUGGGGACAGAAGAUUCAUUCACAGUAACCAAAAUAGUUGGAGGAGCUAUGAAGAGACAGACAAAGGGAGGCAGAUAGGUUCCAAAGACAGAGAUUUGUUCUCAGACUCAGAGCAAUGGGAGUGGAAUGGUGAGGAGUCUGGAUGGAGAUGGAGAAACAGGGCUUUAGGGUGGGAGUGGGGAAGUAGGGCCAGCCCAAGUCCUAGCAGCAGGCACACGACAGGCAAGAGAUUAAGCACGGAAGACAUGGAUUGGGAUAGGUGGACAUUGGGCAGCAGUGACAGCUGGGAAGACAGGCAGACACGCAGGUCCAUCUCAGGCUCCAGGACAGGAACUGACAGCAGAUGGAGCCCCAGCUGUAUGUGGGGGUCUUCCCGGUCCAACUUUAGGUACUUAUCUAGUCCGGAAUGGUGGACAAGCAGGCGUACGUACAGUCCUCCAAGGGAAUCCAGUCACAGUGUACGCUCCUGCAGCCCAUGUAGCAGCACCAGUGUUUCUGAGCUGAGCUGGGAGUGGAGCAAGAGCAGCACAUGCUCAGAUAUGACUUGCGGGAUGUCCUCGGUUGCAUCUGAGGUACCAAAGGAGGCAAAGACGCAGAGUAAUUCCAAAUCUCCAUCCCCUGAAUCUGCCCAAAACUCCUUAUCAGCUCGUAUCCCAGACCCCAACACCCGUCAUAUUGACAGUAAUAUGUCCCAGCUUGAAGAGACUAAACGUGGAUGUCCUGCUUCCAUGACAACCACAACCACCCCAUGCCAAAGUGAUCCUGUACCGCAGAAACCAAUUAGGGCUUUGCUUCUCCCCCUCAUUGGGAAACUCCCUGCAAUCCAAAGAAAGGCUCGAAGGAGAAAAGAACAGUUGGAGAGGAGUCAGGAGAAGGAUUGUGAGGACGAAUCAAAUCAGAAAUUGGAGGUUGGGCAUCCUUUUGGCUUGGCAAAACCAAGCAGUAUGCCAAAUAUGUGUGCAGUGGAGAUUAGGAAUGAGGACAAGGACACCGGUGGAGAGACCGCUACGCCAAUCAGCUUUACUGCCGAGGAGAUGGACAAGUAUCGUCUCUUGCAGGAGCAAGCUAGAGAGCACAUGCAGAAAGUUCUAGAACAAAGUGAAGAAAAGGCAGAGGUCCAUGUGAACUUGACAUGCGCCACACAGAUGGACGACAGUGGGACUUCAGAGGAGGGGUGCAUACCUGCAACCUCCUUCAAGUAUCCACAGAAUCAUUAUCACACAAUGCAAACAAGUCAGGUCCUCCAAGAGAGGCCCCUGCACAUGAAUCCACAGGAGGACUUGAUGCAGCCUAUAACUGUGGGUGUCCCAAACCUUCCCCACCUAGCACUAACUCCCCCUUUAUCCAGCCUCCAUAAUUUCAUUUUACAGCACGCCGCCUUCUCCACCGCAACCUCCUCUCCUGACAUCCACGCAGCUCAGCCUGGUCACCCCCUCAACCACCACAACCUCCCUCAUCACCUUCAACCUUCACCCUUCCCUCUCUCCUCCUUGUUUCCCUCCAUCCUUCUUGCCCACCACCCCAUCCCUCUCCUCCCUCCUCUUCCUCCUCCUCCAGCAGCCGCCUUCCCCGUAAACCCUCUCUCCACACUAGCCCUGCCACCGCUCAACCUGCAGCCUUUCAUGGACAGAAUGUGGCCACUGAGGUUCCAACAGAAAGCCUUGUGAUGUUCACUUUAAAUGUCUGUAGCAGCAAAGAGCAUGAUGUUGGUAUUGGGGCUAUGCUAUCAUUGAAUUAACACAAACAAACACACACACGUAGAGCCCACCUGUUGACUGUUUUCAAUUGGAAAUAUGUUUCAUUCAUUUAUCCCCCGCCUCAUCGCAGCCGACAGUGACACAAACUGACUUUGAUCAUUUGCUUUUUCCAUGAUUCUAGCUAAUAAAGAGAAAGGUGCACCUGCUAUUCAAGGACAAGCUGGGCUCGUGUCAUCCUUUCUCUUUUUUGUGACCAGCUGCCUUUUGAAGUAGAGCCUUCAUGCCUCUGAUGAAGAGGCGAGAGGGAAAAAACACUGCAAUAUUGCCUUUCCUGCCAGUGAUCUGGGUCACCUUUCAAGCAACAUAAAUAAAGUCUUCCAGUCGGCCAUGAUGACAUGAAGUACAGGAACUGCAACUCAACCGCGUUGCAUGAGAAUUUUGUAGGAUUCUGUACUAAAUUGCACUGUAGUUUGUAGAAAAGGUGGCAUUUUGAGGAGAUAUACCUGAAAAUUAAUGUGAUGAAAAUGUUACUAAACGCAAUUAGAAAUCACUUUAUUAUUUUGUUAAAAUAUAGCAUUUUCAAGUCAAAAUGUUCUCAUGUUUUACUUGUAAAAAAAAAUAAAAGGCAUGAUUAAAACUAAGCAUCGAGAGGAGCCAAAUGGGGUGGUUUGGGCAUCUGAUCAGAAUGCCUCCAGGACGCCUCCCUGGAGAGGUGUUCAGGGCACGUCCAGCCGUUAGGAGACCUCGGGGAAGACCCAGGACACGUUGGAGAGACUAUGUCUGUCAAUUGCUGAAGCUGGCUGAAGCUGGUAAGAGUGUGACAUUAUCCACAGUCAAACAAGUCUUGUUCCGACAAGGGCUAAAAGGUUGGCAGCAUUGUGUUGUGUGUUGUGUGUUGUUUUACUGCAGGAGGAACUGGUGCACUUCAUAAAACAGAUGGCAUCAUGACAAAAGACAGUGACAGUAAUGUUAUGACGACAGACGGAAGCAUAGUGUAGGGUCCGCACACAGUCACACAAGGUCUGACGCUCUUUACUAAUUGUAUUCUGACCUGAACACAUCAACAGCAGCAUUCCAAAACCAUAUAUGUAUCUCCAGCUCACAAAGUGGAUAUUCCUAUCACUCACUAACGUAACUCUUACUGCGGACGUACAAUAUGAUGCAUUUCAGUGUGCUCGGAAAGCUCAGAAAAUGCAUCUACUUGUACUAACAAGUGAAUUCAACAUAAAUUACUUGGUGUCUUUGAACGCAACUCUUCAAGGCUCAUAAUAACAUGGUUAAAGUGUGAUUCAAAUGUUGUGGUACUAUUAAAGAGACUAGUGUUAGCCAAAUAGAUUUUCCGACGUGUGAGUUGAAGUUCAGUGCAUUUGGAGCUGUUAAUACAUACAAAUGUUUAUGUAAUUGUGUCCUUUCCUUUAUCUUUUUGUUCAUAAAAUACAGUUAAAACGGGCAUAUUUCACAUAUAUAGUUGCAAAUGGUGAUUAAUCACGAUUAAUUUUAAAACUGAUUAAUUUGAUAAAAAAUUGUAAUUAUUUGACAGCACUAUGGCUCAUGUUUUUAUGAUCCCUUUAAAAGUUGAGUGUAUUCUAAUCACAACUUGCAAAAAAAAACCCAACAGCAAUUGGCUAUCAAUUACAUUUUCAAUAUGAGUGAAAUAAGAACUGUACAAUAAAAAAAAAAACAACAUAUUUCUUCGCUGAGGUAACAGUUGGGUCUGAGUGACAGGAAGAAAAGCUCUUGACACUCUCAGGGAAAACACCAAAAACAUAUCAAUUUGCAUGAAUAAAUCUCGACAUGCUGAAUAUAAGAAAAAAGUCUUCUUCAGACUGCUUUUGGGGGGAAAACGCAGUCAAUUUACUGUUACAUCAAAGGUUUAACGAUGGUGACAGUUUGAUACAGGACCAGGUUAUUUUUAUACUCAUUGUUUCAAAAUUCUAAUCCUAAUCCUAAAGUACCUAAUGCUGUGACCAGUGAGAGAAUCUCAGUCUGAUAUCCUAUUUGACCUUCUGUGUAUCGAUUGAAGACUAAAAUCUAACGCAACCUAUUCUGUUUCAUGACUUCACUCCACUGGUGGUACUCAACUAACACGUCUCACGAGAAUUAAAAAAAAAAAAAAAAAAACCUUACUGCAUCAUUGAUGACACAGUGAUUCGCUUCUCUCUCACAUCUCUUGCCAUGAACGUAUCAGUGGUGGUUAG